AAUUCCCAUAUAAAUCUCUUACAUAUCUCUCCUUGAAAUAUUUACAUUGUAGUUUAUUUCAGCUACCUAUUGUAUUGAGCAAUUAUUAUUGCUUUAGAAGAUAAUAUUUAACUGUUGUGUAUCACAAACUUGAGGAUGGCAUCUAGAAGAAUUAUAAAGGAACUCAAGGAACUUGAGAGGGAUCCACCUAGUUCUUGCAGUGCAGGUCCGGUAGCACAAGAUAUGUUCCAUUGGCAAGCAACAAUAUAUGGUCCAAAUGAUAGUCCCUAUUCAGGUGGUGUUUUCCUUGUGAACAUCCAUUUUCCGCCCGAUUAUCCCUUUAAACCUCCUAAGGUAGCCUUUAAGACCAAGGUAUUCCACCCAAAUAUUAAUAGUAAUGGGAGCAUUUGCCUUGACAUACUAAAGGAGCAAUGGAGCCCUGCACUCACCAUAUCCAAGGUUCUGCUGUCAAUAUGUUCCCUGCUGACGGAUCCGAACCCGGAUGAUCCACUGGUUCCAGAGUAUGCUCACUUGUACAAGACGGAUCGAACCGCAUACGAAUCCAUGGCUCGUAACUGGACUCAGAAGUACUCCAUGGUCUGAGCCUUCUUUAGCAUUGACAUUAUUCUCAUCGUUGAGUUUCUGGGAAUAAAAACUUGAAGCAUAAUGUCAAGGGUUAAAAAGUAUCCUGGAAUUUGUUAACUGAAAUUAAGAGCUCAUUAUAAUCUGUAACUCAUAUGGAGUACAUAAUUGGAGGCAACUCAUAGACCAUUUAUCAGCCAAAGGCUAAAAAUAAAUUUAUUCAUUUUCUGGGGUAUAAAAAGUGUAAAAACACAUCAUUUUGAUAUAGUAUUGCAUUAGCAUUUUGUUGUUUUUAGAAA